UGUAUAAUUAGAACAGAGCUCUCAUGACAUGAUACAAGGAAGCAUGGGAACUUUUUCGUUGGUGAAAGUGAACGUCAUGUCCAUCGCCGGCUUUUUCGCUGUCUUGAUACCUUUCGUCGAAGCUGCCAAAACAGCAAGGGUCGUUCACCCUAGGCUACUUGAAGAGCGGUCGUCCGACGGAGGUAUGGUUGUCAAGGUCCAUGAUGACUUGACCCUUAACCUGAGAAAAGGGUCGGUCGCAGCGCGGGAACUACGCGUCUUAACGGAAGAAAAUGGACGCCUCGUAACGCGAUUCUACAACGGGGAAGACAUUGAGAGAAACCUCUACGAAGAUGAACAGAAGAUCGCUUCAGUAAUGGUGACCAAGACUGGCAAUGGCGUCCGGAUGGAAGGAUUGGUUAGUCCAACUCACAGGAUAAAGCCAAUGCAGAUCUCAGAGAAGUCGGAAGGUGAAGUUGUUCCCCAUGAGAUUCACGAGAUUGAACACAAAAACAUGCUGGACAAAACCCUUACCUACAGAAGCAACGCCUCAGAUGUCAUUCCACGUGAACGACUGUUGCCGCGUAGGGUCAACGUUCCUGCGCUCAUCGUCAUAGAAGUGUUCGUUGUUUUAGACACGUGGCAUCACCGCCACUUCAAGAGCACAAAGCAUGCGCUUUGGUACCUAUGCGUCAUGAUCAACGCCGCGAACAUUAGGUACCGAGAUGCGUCAAAUCCAGGGGUACGACUUCUUCUUACCGGUGUGGAGAAAGCUGUGCAAGAAAACUACGUUGUGUCACCCCAAAAUGAUCAAGGCUAUCUCUUCGACGACGGAACGAUACCAAAGUUCAGAUUGCACGCUGUCUCGCAAAAGGCCGCGUACGGUCACCCAGAUGCUGUCUAUCUCAUGACCGGGCGCAACGUGUUUACAUUUUACCAGGGCAAAAUUACUGACGCCGGUUUAGGUAUCGGUUACGUCUGCGGUGUCUGCACAGGGUUCUACGUAGCAUUAGGAGAAGACAAUCCGGGACUUUUCAGCGGAACGCACACCUUCACCCACGAGAUGGCCCACCUCCUAGGUGCAAAGCACGACGGAGACGGCCCGAGCGUGGAUAUGCCAGGACAUCCUGGCGCAAAGCAGUGCUCGUGGAAUCUGGGGCAUAUUAUGAGCUACAUUAACAAUGGCCCUUCUCACCACCGGUUUUCAUCUUGCACCUUGGCACAGAUUAGCUUCGUUCUUAGCCGAGCAGGUGAAAAGUGCUGGAAGGUUCUAUCGGAAGGGACUUACGUGAGAAACGUAUACCCGGGAAUGGCAGUAACAUUUCAACAAUUCUGUGCGGUCUUGCCUUAUGACAAAGAAAACUCCACGUACGACUACGCCACUGUCAACCAAGCAACUUGCAGAGUGCGCUGCUAUUUCUACAAAAAGUACUGGUAUCAAGGAUAUAACGGUAUGGAAAGUGUCAGAGCAAAUUUUAACUACGAUGAAGAUGCACUGGACUAUAUGCCAUGUGGAGACAAUCACGUUUGCAUUCGAGGAGUGUGCCAAGAGAAAAAAGAUUUCCCAAGAGACGAACGGAUAACCACAAGCACCGAUGAGUCCACUGAAGUCACAGAGACGACCACAACGAAACCACCAACAAGACCUACAAGAAGGAGAAUGUUCGCGUGGCGGCACAGGAACAGGAACUAAGCACAUGCACAGAAUAAAUGGCGUUCCAUGGACAUGUGCAAUUUAAUGAAACAAGGU